CUCCCUUUAGUUAUGCUUCAUAGUCUUGCCAGAGUCCCUGCUUGCACUCAUGCUAAGUUCAUUGUCCUUAACCAUUACAGGAUAAUAACCAUAUUAAUAACCAUAAUAACCAUAAUAAUCUCUCCCUCUCUCUUUCUGUCGAGCUACACAUGAUACUCCUGAGAUACCAGUGAUCCUGACCCCUUCUGCUCUCCGGACCUGCCUGAUUCAUCCUGAUGCCCUACUUCUGGUUGGAGUUCUCAUCAGUUGGAAGUGACGUCCUGCUGCUGAGGAUGGCCCCACGUGGUACAGGCCUGGAGGUCACUGGGAUUGCUGGGGAUGAUACCACUACAAUUCAAGUGAACAGUUAUGCUAUGAUGGCCAGGACUACAAUUGCUAUUAUAGCCUCAGCACUGCAAUUACCACAAACAAUUUUGCACUCAAGCCUCCAUCAGUGAACAGUGGAGAAAUUCAACGAAACAGACUUCAUGUAAAAACUGUAAUGAAUUUUCCUGGUUACACAGCUGUACUAUUUGAGCAUGUAGCACAUUCAUAGAAGGGACUUAUUUAUAAUUAUACUAUCUGUUGUCAGUCAGAUGAGGACGGGUUCCCUUUUGAGUCUGGUUCCUCUCAAGGUUUCUUCCUCAUAUUGUCUCAGGGAUUUUUUCUUUGCCACCGUUGCCUCUGGCUGCUCAUUAGGGACAGAUUCAUAAAUUUAAGAUUUAUAUUCUCAAUUUAUGCAUUUCUGUAAAGCUGCUUUUGGUCAAUGUACAUUGUUAAAAGCGCUAUAUAAAUAAAAUUGAAUUGAAUUAAAUAGAGUUACUUAGGUAACUUUAGCUUUAAUUUUAAUUGAGAUUAUACUUAAAUAUAAUAUAAGUAUAUAUUAAAUUACAACUCUUCCUCUUUGCUCUUUCCCCUACCUUUGAUUUAGGACCUUGUUUUUUACUGCGUGGGUACACUAGGAUACAUUGCCCCUCAACCUACAAAUGCUGAGGUAGGACACUAGGGUACUCUGCCCCUCAAUCUACAAAUGCUGAGGUGCGGACACUAGGGUACUGUGCCCGUCAACCAACAAAUGGUGAGGUGCGGACACUAGGGUACUGUGCCCCUCAAUCUACAACUGCUGAGGUGCGGACACAAGGGUACUGUGCCCCUCAAUCAACAAAUGCUGAGGCACGGACACUAGGGUACUAUGUCCCUCAAUCUGCAAAUGGUGAGGGGCAGACACUAGCGUACUGUACCUCUCAAUGUACAAAUGCUGAGGAGUGGACACUAGGGUACUGUGCCCCUCAAUCUACAAUUGGUGAGGGGCGGACACUAGGGUACUGUGCCCCUCAAUCUACAAAUGCUGAGGCACGGACAUUAGGGUACAGUGCCCCUCAAUCUACAAAUGCUGAGGCACGGACAUUAGGGUACAGUGCCCCUCAAUCUACAAAUGCUGAGGGACAGAUACUAGGGUACUGUGCCCCUCAACCAACAAAUGGUGAGGUGCGGACACAAGGGUGCUGUGCCCCUCAAUCUACAAAUGCUGAGGCACGGACAAUAGGGUACUGUGCCCCUCAAUCUACAAUUGGUGAGGGGCGGACACUAGGGUACUGUGCCCCUCAAUCUACAAUUGGUGAGGGGCGGACACUAGGGUACUCUGCCCUCAAUCUACAAAUGCUGAGACACGGACAUUAGAGUACUGUGCCCCUUAAUCUAUAUAUGCUGAGACACAGACACUACGGUACUGUGCCCCUCACUCUACAAAUGCUGAGGCAUGGACACUAGGGUACUCUGCCCAUCACUCUAAAAUUGCUGAGGGACAGACACUAGGGUACUCUGCCCCUCAAUCUACAAAUGCUGAGGUGCAGACACUAGGGUACAGUGUGUCUCAAUUUACACAUGCAAGUUAAUUCAACAUGCAAGCAGAGCAGUUGAUGUUAACAUCCAUACAAUGGAUUAAUUCAUUUAUUCAUUCAGGUUGGGGUCAGUGUAAUGGUGAACCCAAAGCCUAUCCCAGUACCACUGAGUGCAAAGGAGGACCCCAGGUCCAACCUUCAAAUGUUUGGGGAGCCUUGACAUUCGCCUUUUCUCUCUCCCUCUCACUCAUUUUUUUAUUUAUUCAUAAUUCAUAGGUGUUUUUUUUUGUUUUUGUUUUUUUUUUCUUAUUGCAGACCCUGCAAAUAUUAACAAUAUAUAUCUACAUUCAAAAUGUAAUCUGUUUGGCCAACUCCAGCAUUCCGUUAUCAGUAGUUGAUUUAUUUAUCUAUCUAUUUAUGAUUACAUAAACAUUAACCCUUAUAAACAUUAACCCUUUGAUGUUUAAUAAUUGAUGGAAUAAGCCUAGCUCCAGAACUAUAUACCCAGUUCGGAUGUUAGAGUCAAUAACAUCUUCAACGGCACUGCUGUAACAACAAGUAAAAGAUUACUUAUCUUUUAACCAUAUGCACUUUUACUUUAUAGGGGCAAUAUUACUGGCAUAAAGUUGGUGUGACCUUGGACAUUCGAUAUUCGCAGAUAAGUGGAAAUUAAGGGACCGUCUAUAAAGUUACAUACGACAUUCUAACCUCAAUAGCAUUUGAAGGGAAUGACUUACAGUCAUAUAUCCAACUGUAAAGUGUUCAUGUAGGUGUCAGGUAUAACGCACACCACUACAGAGGUAUAACGCACUACAGAAUGGGCUCAUACACAAAGUAUACAUCAUUUAAAGCUCAAUAGCAUUUGAAGGCAAUGAUGUAAAGUCACAAAACCAACUGUAAAAUGUCCAACUAGGUGUCAGGUAUGACGCACACCUUUGAGAUUUUUGAUAUUUAACCCUACAAUGCAUGAACCAAAAAAACGUUCACGAAUGCAUAAAGGGGGUCAAAAUGACUCGUACUGGAUUGACUGGUUUUCUUCAAAAAAAUAGAUGUCCUAUUAAUGAAAUAAUUAAAAGAACUGAUGAUACACGAAAGUUUUAAUAUUUCAAACAUUUUUAUUUUUCAAGUCUGGGGUUAACUUUUCAUAUCUGGCAACCCUGAGUUUAAAUAAAGUGAAUGUGCUAUUAGUUAGUGAGUUAGUGAAGGGCGAGCAGCAGUGUAGUGUAUGUUUACACACUGAACAGUUAUUACUCUUGAUUAUGAUUGGUGAGGAAUUAAUUAAUAAAUAAGUUUGAAUUAAACCCACGUUGUUGCGUUAGCAUCAUUAUUAAUUUACCACUGUAUCUACAUGAGCACGUCACAGUCGCAGGUUCAGGUCAUUUUGCAGGAUCAAUAAAAGAUGGCGGUUGUCAGAUCGGGAAGUUGAAGCAGAUGAUUUACAGAGUUACUCUCGUCAUCAUAAUGGCUUCUUUGCAGUGUUUACACACUUGUUCGUUUGACUGAGGUGAUGAAAAGCAGUGUGAAAGUAACUGUUGCGCGUUGUAGAUGCAUUUUGGAGUUUUAGUUUUUAUUCUGAUUGUAUUACACAACUCCGAACAGGUCACUCGCACCGGUGUAAAUAAAUAUUUUUUCACAGUAAGGAAAAGUACUUUUCAGUCGCAAAUGCGAGUGGAAUGGUCACACUGUGGAGCCCUGGUCAAGGAAGGAAGAAAACCGGGGCCCCAGAAACUGUUGCCAUUUCCUCUAUGUGAGCACUGUACAUUGUCAGGGCUGCUUAGAUAUCAAGGUUAUUCAGAUCAUUUCAAAUUAUCGUGGAGUGCUUCAAUAACUGAUGCUUAUAUUGAUGUUUGUUUUUAUUUCAGAUGUGGUCGAAUUUAUGCCGACCCCUUGGAGAGAAGUGUCCUGGACAGAUCCGGCAAGGGAAAGCCUGAGGCAGGAGUUUGUCUCUUACAAGCUGCCGAAGAACUAUCCAAUGUCAUGAGUGAAGGCGUUGCUCUUGGGCCCGGUGGGUUCUGGGAAAUCCUGCUUCGUCAACUCUAUCAGAUCCACCAUGUACAAGCGGAUCGUUCACCUGCCCAACGUCGGCACGGCAAAAAACGGGUUCACCAAGAAGCUGAAUAUCUAUAAUAUCAAUGGAGAGAAAGGAGGUUCUCCAACUGUUCUGAGUCUCUGUGAUGUGAUGGGAAUAGGAGACGAUGACUCUACCGGUCUCUCUUUCUCCGACACACUGGCUGUCAUCAAAGGCCACGUCCCAAAAGAAUACAAGUUCCAGCCCGAUGUUCCUGUCACUGAUGCAGUCAGUGGCUACAUACCAAACCCUUCCCUAAACGAGCAGGUUCACUGCGUCCUCUUCGUGCUUGAUGCCGUCAAAUUGUCAUCAUACCCCAGCAGCCUGAAAUCCACACUCAGAAAGCUGCACACCACCAUAUCAGACCUGGGAAUCCCUCAGCUGAUUUUGCUCACUCAUGUGGAGCAGGUGUGUCCGACAGUACAGGAGGACUUGAAGUACGUCUACUCCAGCCGAACUAUGCAGGAUAAGAUGCAGAAAGCAGCCGAGUUGGUGGGAUUGCCAUUGUCCUACGUUCUGCCGGUGAUGAACUAUGUUUCCCAGCUGAAAGUGGACUGCAACACCGACAUCCUGCUCCUGAGUGUGGUUAUGAACAUCCUACAGGCUGUGGACGACACAUUUGAGGACCGGUAUCCCUCAAUUAGACCAAUUAGUAGUCAGAAACUCGAAGACGAUGACAUAUAAUUUGUAUGUUUAUAAUCUAAAUGAUUCUUAUCCCAAAAAAAUAAUUGUGUAUCAUUCCUGACAUUGUUAUAAAAUGACUGUAUUCAUGAUUUUAUACUUAUGUUGACAUAUCGUUUUAUUUCACCUUCUUGGUCCUUCCUCCGCUUUUAUCCCUAAUUGGCUUCUUUCACUAAUAUGCUCAUCAGCUUCCUAUAAACUCUCAUUUAUCUCCGUGUGUAUAUACAGUAUACAGUAUUCUAGCUCAUGUUCCUGUAUUCUUUGUAAGGUUUUGAUUUCAGAUGCCAUUUCAUUUGGAUUUCGAAUGCUUAUUCUUUCUUUUUGAUUGUUGUAAUAAAGCUCCUCACACCGGAGACUCCUUCCAUCAAUAAAAUAAAUGAUAAAAAAUAAUAACAAUGAUACUACAUAUUUAUUUGUUAAAUUAGAGCACUGCUUUUUCGUCUGUUAUUAGCCGUACGUCAUGUA